CGAGCCCGUAACGUAGACAAGGUGUUGUAUGGAAUUUAUGAGAUCGGAGCAUGGUACUACUCUCCUUAUCCGAGUGAGUUUGGCGCCUUUCUUGAUCGGCUUUACAUUUGCGAGCACUGCUUAAAUUACACAAACAAAGAGGCACAGCUGAAGAUACACAAGGCAAGUAACUUGGGAAUACUACUAUUACCGGGAAAAGUCAUCUACCAGGACGGAACAUUAAAGAUAUAUGAAGUUGAUGGACGCGAGCAGAAGCUGUUUUGUCAAAACUUGUGCCUGAUGGCAAAACUUUUUGUGGACCACAAGACUCUUUAUUAUGACACAGAAGGCUUUAAAUUCUAUAUCCUUACUGAGCAAAUAAAACAGUCGGAUAUUAUGGUGGGAUAUUUCUCAAAGGAGAAGCUAUCGUACGAUAACUACAACUUGGCGUGUAUUAUGGUCUUACCUACCCAUCAACGUAAAGGAUAUGGACGACUUUUGAUCGAAUUGAGUUAUGAGCUAUCCAAAAAGGAGGGCGUUGUUGGAUCUCCAGAGAAACCAUUGUCCAGUCUAGGGGCACUUGGGUAUAAAUCGUAUUGGGCAUCCACUCUUGUAGCAUUUCUAUCUGAGUUUUGUGGACAAUUAAGUAUCUCAGAUAUUAGCAAAAAAACCUGCAUUCACGAGGAAGAUAUCAUCAGCACAUUAACCCAGUUGGGUCUUUUGACAUAUUCAAAA